UUCUUUCCUCCUUUUCUUUUGUAUUAUUUCUGAUCAGGUCCUCCUAAGCUCACCUUCAAUUCGCAGAGUUAGGGUUUCGAAAUCUGAGAAAAUCGACCACAGAUUUUCGAGAAGAAAUGAUUGUGUUGUAGGUUUAGGGUUUUCCCUUAUCCUUCACCAGCUAAUAUUGAAAAAACUUUUUGGCGUGGGAUUUCGAUUCUUGUACAUGCUAUUGGAAGAAAAUGUAUAGCAAUUUCAAGGAGCAAGCCAUAGAGUACGUGAAGCAAGCCGUACAGGAAGACAAUGCUGGGAACUAUGCGAAAGCGUUACGUCUCUACACGAACGCUCUGGAUUACUUCGAGAUCCAUUUGAAGUACGAGAAGAACCCUAAGAUCAAAGAAGCCAUCACUCAGAAAUUCACCGAGUAUCUGCGGCGGGCCGAGGAGAUCCGGGCCCUCCCCGACGAUGGAGGGCCCAGCCCGGCCUCCAACAGGGAUGCCGCGGUGGCGACGCGGCCCAAGACGAAGCCCAAGGACGGGGAAGGGGGAGACGGGGAGGACCCGGAGCAGGCGAAGCUCAGGGCUGGGCUCAAUUCGGCGAUCAUAAGGGAGAAACCCAAUGUGAAGUGGAACGACGUCGCAGGGUUGGAGAGCGCCAAGCAGGCCUUGCAGGAGGCUGUGAUUUUGCCUGUGAAGUUUCCUCAGUUCUUUACUGGUAAAAGACGACCAUGGAGAGCAUUUUUGUUGUAUGGACCACCUGGAACAGGGAAAUCGUAUUUAGCCAAGGCAGUUGCAACAGAAGCUGACUCCACAUUUUUCAGUGUUUCCUCAUCAGACCUUGUUUCAAAGUGGAUGGGUGAAAGUGAAAAGCUGGUUUCAAGCCUUUUCCAAAUGGCUCGAGAAAGUGCUCCUUCUAUCAUAUUUGUUGAUGAAAUAGACUCGCUAUGUGGUCAGCGUGGAGAAGGCAAUGAGAGUGAAGCUUCAAGACGGAUUAAAACAGAACUUCUGGUGCAGAUGCAGGGUGUAGGACACAAUGAUCAGAAAGUUCUCGUUCUUGCAGCAACAAAUACACCCUAUGCCUUGGACCAGGCAAUAAGGCGUCGUUUUGAUAAGCGCAUAUAUAUUCCACUACCUGAUUUGAAGGCUCGCCAACACAUGUUCAAGGUGCAUCUAGGAGAUACUCCCCAUAACUUGGCUGAAAGUGAUUUUGAAUAUUUGGCUAGCAGGACGGAGGGGUUUUCUGGUUCAGAUAUAUCUGUCUGUGUGAAGGAUGUUUUAUUUGAACCUAUUCGCAAAACCCAAGAUGCCAUGUUUUUCUUCAAGAAUCCUGAGGGUAUGUGGAUCCCAUGUGGAUCAAAGCAACAAGAUGCAUUACAAAUCACAAUGCAGGACCUUGCUGCAAAAGGACUUGCUUCUAAGAUACUUCCACCCCCUAUUGCGAGAACAGAUUUUGACAAGGUACUUGCCAGACAAAGGCCUACAGUAAGCAAAGCUGACCUUGAGGUUCAUGAGAGAUUCACGAAGGAGUUUGGAGAGGAGGGUUAACGCUGAUGGAGUUUCACUUCAAAGAUUCACACUGGUUUUAAAUAUAUUCGUUAUAAUCUGUAAUUUAUUUAGCGGUUGGAACAAGUGAAAUGCGUUUUUUUUUUUUUUUUUUAAUUUUGUUUGGGGGGAUUUAAUUUUGUUUGGGGGGAUGUGAAAUCCUCUUUUGUACGGAGGUGGAUUUAUACAACUGGAUACUCAUUUUUUUUUUUGG